UUGGACUUGAAAAAUGCUUGACAUGUGCUGUGUUCUGUUUUGUAUUGCGUGUGCUGCUUUUUUGUGUGUGUGAGUUUGAACACAGACUGUUCCUUUUUCCGUUUAGCAUUGUGCGUGUAACUUGAAAAAAUGCCAACCCGAUUUACAAAAACACGUAAACUUCGUGGCCAUGUUUCACAUGGUCAUGGUCGUAUUGGAAAACAUCGUAAACAUCCAGGUGGUCGUGGUAAUGCUGGUGGUUUAACUCAUCAUCGUAUUAAUUUCGAUAAAUACCAUCCUGGUUAUUUUGGUAAAGUUGGUAUGAGGAAUUUCCAUGUAAAAAAGAAUACAUUGAAACAUUAUUGUCCAACAAUUAAUGUUGAAAAUUUAUGGUCAUUAUUGGGUAAUGAAGCACGUGAACAUUAUGCAAAGGAAAAAAGUGGUAAAGCACCAGUUGUUAAUCUUGUAAAACAUGGUUAUUUCAAAGUUUUGGGCAAAGGAAGUCUACCAGAACAGCCGAUCAUUGUCAAAGCACGUUUUUUCAGUAAAAGUGCUGAACAAAAAAUUAAAGCAUUAAAUCAUGAAAAGAAAACACAUGGUUAUUUUGGUGUUGGUCAAUAUCUUCAUCUUUUUGAGGAUCCUAAAGAUACACCACCACCUAUCAAAAUUGAAACCAGAGAAGAAAGAUUGGAACGUAAACAACGAGAAAAAAUGGAAAGAGCUGCCUAUAUUCGUGAACAGGGAAUAGCAUUAUGGGAUCCAAACAAUAAUCCAAUUGCUACAAGUGAUCCAUAUAAAACAUUGUUUAUUGCUCGAGUUAAUGCCGAUACUACUGAAUCACGUCUUCGAAAAGAAUUCGAAGUAUAUGGUCCGAUAAAAAAAGUAAUGUUAAUACAGGACAAAAUAACAGGAAAACCAAGAGGAUAUGCUUUUAUUGAAUUUGAAAAUGAAAGGGACAUGCAUUCUGCUUAUAAACAUGCGGAUGGUAAAAAAAUCGAAGGACGUCGUGUAUUAGUUGAUGUUGAACGUGGCCGUACAGUGAAAGGAUGGUUACCAAGAAGAUUAGGUGAACGUGAAAGAGAUCGUUCAAAUAGUCGACGUAGUAAAAGUCGAGAACGUGAUCGUAAUCGUCGAGAUCGACCUGAUCGUCGAGAAAGAAGCCGAGAUCGUGAACGAGAACGUGAACGUGAACGCAGUAGUCGAAACCAUAGAGAUCAUAAUAAAAACCAUCAUCAUCGUGAUCGUGAGCAUGAACGUGAUCGUGAUCGGGAUCGUGAUCGCGAUCGCAAACGUGAUCGUCAUAGUAGUCGAUCACCCGAACGUAAUAAUGAUAGCCGUAAACGUAGCCGUUAUAAUAAUGAAAUAUCAAAUAAUGGUGGUAGCAUGGAUAAAUACUCGGAUUCGUACAAACAAUCACCGUAAAAAAUAUCAUUCAUAUUAAUUUUA